GGCCACGCGUGAAGUACUCAGGGAAGCGCUGGAGACUCGGACGCCGCCCGAAAGUGCAGGAAGUCGACGUGCACAUGCACGAGAAAGCGCAGGCGGGAGCACGGCUGGGAGGGCCGGGUAGCGACGCGGGUUGCAUCAGGCACACGCGAGGGCAGCCCGAGGGCCGUCCCAGAAGCCCCCGCGCCUCCGGGGUCCUGACGAGCAGCACCGCCUUCUGCCGCACGAGGUUUCAGCGCGAUGCCCAAAUCCAAGCGCGAUAAGAAAGUUUCCUUAACCAAAACUGCCAAGAAAGGCUUGGAACUAAAACAGAACCUUAUAGAAGAGCUUCGGAAAUGUGUGGACACAUACAAGUACCUCUUCAUCUUCUCCGUGGCCAACAUGAGGAACAGCAAGCUGAAGGACAUCCGGAAUGCCUGGAAGCACAGUCGGAUGUUCUUUGGGAAAAACAAGGUGAUGAUGGUGGCCUUGGGUCGAAGCCCAGCUGAUGAAUACAGAGACAACCUGCACCAGGUCAGCAAGAAGUUACGGGGUGAAGUCGGUCUCCUUUUCACCAACCGCACUAAGGAGGAGGUGAAUGAGUGGUUCACGAAAUAUGCAGAAAUGGACUACGCCCGAGCUGGGAACAAAGCAGCUUUCACUGUGAGCCUGGAUCCAGGGCCCCUGGAGCAGUUCCCCCACUCCAUGGAGCCACAACUGAGGCAGCUAGGCCUGCCCACUGCCCUUAAGAGAGGUGUGGUGACUCUGCUCUCGGACUACGAGGUGUGCAAGGAGGGUGACGUGCUGACUCCGGAGCAGGCCCGGGUCCUGAAGCUUUUUGGGUACGAGAUGGCCGAAUUCAAAGUGACCAUGAAGUACGUGUGGGAUGCACAGUCGGGAAGGUUCCAGCAGGUGGGAGACGACAUGCCAGAGAGUGCGUCAGAGUCGUCAGAAGAAUCAGAGGAUGAUGACGACGACUGAUGGGGACUCAGGGCUGGAGGCCUUCGGCAUGUUCCGGGUCCCGAGUGGACCACCCAGCACUGCCCCCACCCUCUGGAGGGACGGCUGUUUACUUCGCUGCCAAUGAGACGGGAGUGUGAUGGGCACUGACUGAUUCUGUAGAGAAUAAAACUGUCUGCAGGGUCUGCCUGUGGGCAGCCGGGACUUCCCUUAGGAAAAAGGGCCUUGGGGGUCGUGCUCCUCUGGGAAAACCCAUUCUCUCCUCACCUGUGAGCCAGCCUCCCGCACUGGCCCAGGACCAUUGUGACAGUGGAGCUGUGCAGCUCUGCAGACCGCCGAGAGCACCCCGGAGCUGGGGCUCAUCCUCAUGCCCUGGUGCCCCUUGCUUGAAAGAGGAUUUUUUUAGUUUUCCCUGUCUGCCUUUCCUAACCCCACACUCACUCACUCACUCUCUCAUGCACUCUCUCGCUCUCACUCACACACUGUCUCUCUCUCCACGCCCAACCCUUCCACAUGAGGGCUGCGAGUCUGACGGGUACCAAGAUAAUAGGAGGGAGGCUGGCAGGUGGUGUGGUUAAGAGUGCUGGACUCCCAAAUGGCCGACUGUGGUUUCAGUCUCAGACCUGGUGGCUUGCUUUCUCAGUCUCUCUCUCGUCCCUCUGGUCAAAUUAAAAUAAAGUUAAACAAAAUAAUUUAAAAAAAAAAAGGCACCCCCUAGGACAGGUGAAGCCGCUGCUGGAGUUGAGAGCGAGUAUUCAAAGUGUUCCAUAGCAUCCUGAUUAUUGGUAGGUUUUGCCCAUAUUCCUUUAUUUGUAAGCAUUUUGUGAAAAUAGUAGAAAAGAUUUA